GGUUGCGGUCAGAGGCUGUCAGUCCCGUUGCCAGGAGGCGGAAUCCGGACACAAUGGGGUCUGGGAGUUGGGCUGAGAGGGGUCAGGCAUCCAGGCACCCCACCUUGCCUUCCCCGCCGGGAACCACAAGAGCAGGUGCCGCGGGCCGUAAGCUCACCCCACCCUCGCGCCCCAUGGGCUCGGACGUCUGGGUCGGCUCUUGGCGGCCGCACCGGCCCCGCGGCCCCAUCGCAGCGCUCUACAGUGGCCCGGGCCCCAAGUACAUGCUGCCACCGAACACCGGCUACGUCCUGCACGACCCCUCGCGGCCCCGCGCCCCGGCAUUCUCCUUCGGCGCGCGCCUCCCCAUGCAGCAGACUUCGUUCGGCCCGGGGCCCGGCCACCUGGUUCCAGCUCGCAUGACCGUGCGCGGCCGCGACGGCACCCCCGCCUACUCCAUCUACGGCCGUGUGCGCCAGGCAGCGCCCUUCCUCACUCCGGGACCCGGCAGGUAUUUCCCCGAGCGAGCUGGGAACGCGACGUACCCCAGUGCGCCUCGGCACACCAUCGCCCCCCGAAACUGGGGCAUCCACGCGGAGCAGCAGACCCCAGGUCCCGGGGCCUACACUGUGCCCUCGCUUUUGGGUCCACGCGUCAUCGGUAAAGUCUCGGCCCCAACUUACUCCAUCUAUGGCCGCAGCGCAGUGGGCAGCUUCUUCGAGGACCUCAGCAAGACCCCGGGUCCCUGCGCCUACCACGUGGUGAACACUGGGAUCUACAAGCCUCGGGCCCCCCAGUUCUCAAUGCUGGCGCGGACUUCACUCCCCCAGGACAACACCCUAAAUCCGGGGCCCGCAGCCUACAACGUGGACCAGCACCGCAAGCCCGGCGGCUGGAGCUUCGGGAUCCGGCACUCGGACUACCUGGCCCGGGUCCUGACCGACGUGGAUGACUGACCCGCCGGGCGGGCGCGGCCCCACAAACAUUUGCUUAAAGUCUCCCGAACCAGCA